AGGAAGAAGAGGAGCAGGUGCCAACGGAUGGAGGAACUUCAGCAGAAGCCAUGCAAGUUCCUUUAGAGGAAGAGGGAGAAAUGGAAGAAGAUGAGGCUGUUAAUGAUGAAAAUUACCUAGGCAAGAGGCCACUAGGAAGCCCGGAAUCUGAGGAAGUACCUGCAGCUAAGCGGCCCAAGCUAACAAACAUAAAAGGAGAUGCCCUUGAUGUAACAGUGGAGCCACGUGAGCCUCUUAGUUUAAUAAAUACCCAGAAGGUACCUCCAAUGCUUUCCCCAGUUUGUGUUCAAGACAGUGGUGAUCUGGUGCCUCCUUCUCCAGAGCCACCCAUACUGGCUCCAAUUGCAAAAUCACAGUUGCCAAUUCCCAAACCAUUGGAAUCAAAAGCACUUGUUCCUAAAGCAAAGGUGAAAACAGUCUCUCCAGUGCAGAAAACUAAAAUGCCAAAAGUUUCUCCAUCUCCAGCAGUUAUUGGAAGCCCCAUUCGCUCACCAAAAAUUGGAACCAAAGAGAAAAAGUCUCCUGGCCGGGCCAAGAGUCCAAGAAGCCCUAAAAGUCCAAAAGUUCCAGUUCAUGUUGUUCCUCAAGUAACAAUUAAGCAGGAGACACCAAUUAGAACUCCAUUAGUUGCAUUAAGUGAAAAGAUGGGGAAAGAGAAUAUCCAGGUAAAGCAAGGACCAGCACUGGGUGAACCUGCCAAACCCAAUAGUGAGAAUCCAGCCAAGAAAUCAGCAGUGAUUGACAAGACAAUUGAUGAUUCCAUUGAUGCUGUAAUUGCCCGUGCAUGUGCUGAACGGGAUCCUGAUCCAUUUGAGUUUUCCUCAGGGUCAGAAUCAGAAGGAGAUGUUUUUACCAGCCCAAAAAGACUUUCUGUGUCUGAGACUUCAAUACCUAAAGCUUCUGUUUCAGCUAAUAGUAGUUUAAACAAAGCAGGAAGCACCCCAGUUCCUCCCUCUGGUGGAACUUCAAGUUCAGACAUUUCAUGGACAAUGGAUGACUCAAUCGAUGAGGUUAUUAGAAAAGCAAAUAUGGGUGCUCAUGCUAAUUUACCUGCAAACUUUCCAUAUUUCUCGUCUCCGUCUGCUUCUCCACCAACACCCGAACCUUUGCUCAAAAUAUAUGAGGAGAAAACUAAGUUAGCUUCAUCAGUGGAAGUGAAAAAGAAGCUGAAAAAAGAGCUGAAAACAAAAAUGAAGAAGAAAGAAAAGCAGAAAGAUAAGGAAAAGAACAAAGAGAAGAACAAAGAUAAGGAGAAAAAUAAGGAGAAGGAUAAAGACAAGGAAGGGGCCAAAGAAGCCAAAUUUCCAUGGAAGGACCUGGUCAGAGAAGAGGAUCUGGAUCCUUUCAAGUUCAAAAUGAAGGACUUUGAUGACGAUCCAAAAGUGAAGACAAAAGACACCAACGCCAAAAAAGAACGCGAGAAACAUAAAGAUAAGAAGAAGGAGAAAGAGAAAGGCAAAAAGGACAGAGAGAAGAAAGACAAAGAGAAAAUAAAAGAUAAAACUAAGGACAAGACCAAAGCUUUAUCAGCCCCCCUUGCCCUCCCUCCCAAAGAACUGCCCCUGCCCUUGUACUGCCCCCCAGCUGCCAUGAAACUCCCGUCGCUGCUGCAGCCCCCCUCAGCAGCACUUCCUGAGAAACUCUUUGAGGAGAAGGAAAAGCCCAAAGAAAAGAAAAAAGACAAAAAGGAGAAGAAGAAAAAGAAGGAGCGAGAGAAGGACAAAGAGAAAGAGAAAAGGGAGAAGGAAAAAGAGAAAGAGAAGGAGAAGAAGGAACGGGAGAAGAAGGAGAAAGAGAAAGAGAAGCACAAACAUGAAAAACAGAUCAAAGUUGAACCUGUUAUUCCUGCACCAUCUCCUGUGAUUCCCAGGCUGACGCUGAGAGUGGGUGGUCAGGACAAGAUUGUCAUCAGCAAAGUGGUGUCCGCAACGGAGGCUAAACCCUCGUCUCUCCUGGCUCGGCCCAAAACGCCGCCGCCACCGCCCUCCCCAGCACCAGCUCCUGUCCACGUCACCCCUCCACCUCCUCCUCCUUCAGUAGUUCCUCCCCUGCCUCCUGCUGCCAUUUCCCCAGCUCUGAUUCCACCCUCAUCUCCUGCACCAUCCGCCAUGGGAAGCUCUAAAGUCCCAGUUCGAAGCGUUGUGACAGAGACUGUCAGUAAUUAUGUGAUCCGAGAUGAGUGGGGGAACAAGAUAUGGAUCUGCCCUGGUUGUGAAAAGCCAGAUGAUGGCAGCCCAAUGAUUGGGUGUGACGACUGUGACGACUGGUAUCACUGGUAAGUGGUUGAGGCACCAUGCUGCUUCUGAAGUCAGGUGGUAGAACUGUUCUGGGACUUCUGGGAGUUGUAGUUCCAAACCUUCAAAUUAUAUAGCAGUUGUAUGUCACCUUAGCCCCUUGGAAAUAAUGAUUUCUUUUAUAGGCUUGCAAUGCUGUCAGCCUGUUGUAAUCAGCCGGAGGCAUUCAGACAAGAUCUGAAAGCAAAAGUGCCCAAAUUGGAGCUCUUGUCUACAUGUGGCCAUUUCUCAAAGCUUUGGAGGCAGUACUUACAAUUAGUCUAUGCUUUAAUAGAGGAAGUAUAAAAUGCAUGGGAAUAACCUCAUUAAUGUAUUUAAUUGUAUAAGUAAAUGUAAAAUCAAAUUAAAUCUAGUUUAUUUUUUUGUCCAGCCCUUCCUAUGUUGGAGACAUGCCAUCCACAGGCCUAACACAGCCUUCAUUUCAAAUGAUCUUAUACACCCCUAUCUUGAGCAAACAGGCUUCUAUACCAGCCAAGUGAUACAUUUGGCCUGUUCGUACUGUCUGCGGUAUUGAAUUCCUUCUUGCAAAGCACUG